AUGCCAGCCCCGCAGAAGAAGCUGAUCUUCUGCACGGCCGGGGUGCUGAGCCUCGCCUGCGCGCUGGGCACGGCGGCGGCCGUGGGCACCCAGCUCUGGGUGAGGGGCACGACCCUCUGCACCACGGGAGCGCUGCUCGUCAACGCCACCGGCCCGGAGCUGCACAAGUUCAUCGGCGAGAUCCAGUACGGGCUCUUCUCCGGGCAGCGUGUGCGGCAGUGCGGGCUCGGGGGGAGACCCUUUCAGUUCUCAUUUUUUCCAGAUUUGCUCAGAAUUAUCCCUGCAAGUAUCCACGUUAGUGUCAUUCUCUUCUGUACAGUACUGAUCAUCUUUGCUCUGGUGGGAGCAGGGUUCUUCAUGUUCAAUGCUUUUGGCAGCCCCUACGAAACACUGCAUGGUCCUGUCGGGCUGUACCUCUGGAGCUUCAUUGCCUGGGUUGCCAAGGUGAUGAGCAUCUCCCCCUCCCUUUCAGGUUCCUGUGGUUGCCUCAUCAUGAUUCUCUUCUCCUCAGAGGUGAAGAUCCAUCACCUUUCAGAGAAGAUCGCUAAUUUCAAGGAGGGAACCUUUACAUUCAAGACUCACAGUGAACAGUUUGCAAAUUCCUUCUGGACCAUCCUGGUUUGCUCCCUGGUGCACUUCCUCAAUGCCCUGCUAAUCCGAUUCGCUGGGUUUGAAUUUCCCUUUUCAAAAUCAAAAGAUUCAGGGAGGAUCACAGGAGCAGUUGACCUGAUGUAUUAGAAUUACAGGACUUAACAACAUUUCAAGCAAAGAGAUUUGUCACUACUACAUCAACAAUCACCAGAUGUACCAACUUGCAAACAAUUAGCUCUGAAGAAGGUAAAACAAAAGAGAAGAUUUCAAAUAAGCAUCACUACGGUAUAUGCAGUGAACAAAAGAAGAGAUGCUGAAUGGUAAUGUCUGGAUGGAAAUGCCCUCUUUCUUGGGGUAAGGCCUUAUUAAGACAUUUGCCUUUUUCCUAGUAAACUUUGAAAAGUAGCUGGUAUGAAGAAAACUAGAAAUCUCAGUAGCAUUGCACAGGAUCUGGAAAGUCCAGUAGAUGGUUUGCAGUAGAGACCCACACUCACCAGCAGCAGCUUUGCCCUUCAGCCCUGGUGGAAGCGAGGACACAGCUGUGACCACGCCAGGGAAUGAGGACACGCAGCAAACUCAGACACCCAGCGAGGGACAGGACAAGGCCCGGGCUCUACCCUGACACCCCUCGGGCUCCAGCUCACACACACAGUGCUCAGGAGGAACAGGAGCUACAGGGAGUGCUUGGGGGGUAAAACCCAAACACCUGCACCCACCACCAGCACUCUGACCUGGCACCAAAUGCACGGCAACAACACUGUUUCUCUCCAUAAAGCUCUCUCUUGGGGUUUUAGUUUUAACAAACCAAACCGUGCUCUGAGCCCCAAGUCCCAGGAGCUCCUGUUACCCCUGCAGUCGCUGCAGCUCGGUGACAGAGCUGUCACAGCAGAGCAGCACUUGGGGAAUGUGCUGCAUGAUCCUGCUUGCCUCAGG